UACCACACUGAGCCAAAUGAACGGUGCGCCCCUUUGCACCACCCUGUUCCUGCUGCUGCUGUGCUGCGCAAGUGCGUGCCUCGGCUCGGCGCAGCAUCACUGCGGGUUCGGCGAGUUGAUGAGGCAGAGCGGCACACGCCCGUUNAGGCGUACACCGCGGCGGGGUCAGACGGCUGGGCGCCUCUCCGCAUCGUGGUGUCCACGAGGGACCUCGACAACACAUCGAAAUACUGCAACCAGACGGGUGUGGAACGACUGACAUUAACGGGCAGUAAUUAUACGUGCUCUUCUCUUUCGGUUCUUACGCCUGAAAAAAUUGCUGCCAUUAAGAACCCGAUCGUCCCUGUUGCUGUGAAACUGCACACGGACCGUCUGCUCGUCCAGCGUGUGAGUGGCGCUUUAAAAGUGCCUCGGUUUGAGGCGAACUCUGUGUGCGGCCGUUUCACAAUUCCCGAAGAUCACCACACGACAGGCGUGAGCGACGCAGAUAUGGUGCUGUACGUGGCGGCGGCGCCG